AAACAUGGAGUUCAUGAUGUACAAUCGUUAUUCACGACUGAUGAUGACAACGAUGCAUGGAGUCGUUAUAAUAUCAAUAAAAUUAGAUUUCGGAAGAAAAUAUGUAAAGGCAUUCCAAGACCACCAGCAUAUAUAUAUGAACGGGCAAAACGAAUUUUGGAUAUCAACAAUCACAAAGGAUGUUUUACUGCCGAAGAGAUUGAAUUAUUAAAGAAAUUACAGAGGCGUCAUGGUAACAAAUGGGCACUCAUUGGUGCCAAAAUGAAACGACAUAGACAAGCGUUAAGAGAUAAAUUCAAAGAAUUCAAAGAAAACCGAGUCACUGGUCCGUGGACUCGAGAAGAAAGAUCAGCACUCAAGAAUGCAGUGAAAGAAAUAGCUGGGACAGAUGAUUUACACUCGGUCACUAAAAUACCUUGGUUAGAAGUUUCAAAGAAAGUGUCAACCAGAACAGCCAAUCAGUGUCGGAGAGAAUGGGCUCACUUUCUGUGUUGGUCAGAAUCUGACAGGCGAUCUCAUGUUUGGAAAGAAAGUGACAACGCGGUGCUCAUUGAAAGGUACAUUAAAGAACACCAUUGCUAAAAAGCG